AUGCCUGUUCGAUGUGACACUCAAAGCUGGAAGAUCUGGCCCAUGGAGAAACAGACACCCAAACGAGGAGAGUUCAUUUCUCUCAAACCUGCAACCCAUGGCUUGGAGAACACGGAGGCUGAGUUCUUGAAGAGCCUGGAGGAAGGCCGGCUUCCUGGCAGUGACUCCAGCCCCAUAGAGCACGAGGGCAGCUGGAGCAAAGCUGACCCGAAGUCCUUCUCUAGAUGGAGGAGCCUGCAGCCAGUCCUGAGAGCACGAAGCUUCUACAGGAAGCAUGCACAGUUGUUCCGAUGGAUCUAUAUAGGCCUGUUCUGUACUGCAUUUGCUGCCUUCCUGCUCGUUGCCUGCCUCCUGGAUUUCCGGAGGGCCCUGGCGCUGUUUGUCCUUGCCUGUGUGGUCUUUGUCUCCCUGGCCUGCAGGCUGCUGAAGAAGUUACUGGGGCCAAAACUGAGGAGGUGUGUGAAACUCCAGGGCCAUCCCCGCCUCAUCCUGUGGUUUAAGAGAGGUCUAGCCCUUGCUGCUGUCUUGGCCUUGGUCUUGUGGCUGGCUCUAGACACCUUCCAGAGGCCUGAGCAGCUGGUGUCCUUUGCAGGAACCUGCGUGUUCAUCAUCCUACUCUUUGCCUGCUCGAAACAUCACAGUGCUGUUUCUUGGCGGACCGUGUCCUGGGGCCUUGGGCUACAGUUUGUACUCGGACUCUUUGUCAUCAGAACAGAACCAGGAUUUGUAGCAUUCCAGUGGCUGGGUGAUCAGAUCCAGACCUUCCUGAGCUACACUGAGGCCGGCUCCAGCUUCGUGUUUGGGGAGACUCUGGUCAAGAAUGUCUUUGCCUUUCAGGUUUUGCCCAUCAUUAUUUUCUUCAGCUGUGUCAUGUCAGUUCUCUACUAUCUAGGCCUAAUGCAGUGGGUAAUCUUGAAGAUUGCCUGGCUGAUGCAGGUCACCAUGGGAACCACAGCCACUGAGACCCUGAGUGUGGCAGGAAACAUCUUUGUGGGCCAGACUGAGGCUCCUCUACUGAUCCGGCCCUACUUGGCAGACAUGACGCUCUCUGAAGUCCAUGUGGUCAUGACUGGAGGCUUUGCCACCAUCGCGGGAAGCCUGCUGGGCGUCUACAUCUCCUUUGGGAUCGAUCCUGCGUCAUUAGUUGCUGCGUCUGUGAUGGCUGCCCCUUGUGCCUUGGCCCUCUCCAAGCUGAUGUACCCAGAGGUGGAGGAGUCCAAGUUCAAGAGUAAGGAAGGAGUGAAACUGAGUCACGGAGAGGCCCAAAACCUCGUGGAAGCAGCCAGCGGUGGGGCUGCCAUCUCAGUGAAGAUGAUUGCCAACAUCGCCUCCAACCUGAUUGCGUUUCUGUCUGUGCUGGCCUUUGUCAAUGCUGCCCUCUCCUGGCUGGGAGACAUGGUGGAGAUCCAAGGGCUCAGCUUCCAGCUCAUCUGCUCCUACAUCUUAAGGCCUGUGGCCUUCCUGAUGGGCGUUGCCUGGGAGGACUGCCCAGUGGUGGCUGAGCUGCUAGGAAUCAAGCUGUUUCUGAAUGAGUUUGUGGCAUAUCAGGAACUAUCUCAGUACAGGCAGCGCCGCCUGGCAGGGGUCGAGGAGUGGGUUGGUGCAAAGAAGCAGUGGAUCUCUGACAGAGCAGAAAUUCUCACGACGUACGCCCUCUGUGGAUUCGCCAACUUCACCUCUAUUGGGAUCAUGCUGGGAGGCCUGACCUCCCUGGUCCCCCAGCGGAAGAGUGACUUCUCUCAGGUUGUGCUCCGUGCGCUCUUCACGGGAGCCUGCGUGUCCCUGAUGAAUGCCUGCGUGGCAGGAAUCCUGUAUGUGCCCAGGGGGGCUGAGGUUGACUGUGUGUCCCUCCUGAAUAGCACCCUCAGCAGCAGCAGUUUUGAGGUGUACAACUGCUGCCGCCAGGCCUUCCAAAACACCAGUCUGGAGUUCAGCCCAGUGGCGCUGGACAACUGCUGUCGAUUUUACAACCAUACAAUCUGUACAUAGCGGGGACAAAACAUCUUUGGGGCCAUUCUUCCCAGGAAGCAUCAGUCCUCACCCUUCCCAUUCUAGGAAGCCACAGGGCUAGACCUGCCUCCGUCCCACAAUUGGGAGGGUGACAGAGCAAGUGGGAAGUGAGUGGGGACAUAAGAAAAUGGAGGACACCUCCCACUCCUGAUCUCCUUUCCACUCCUCUGUUUCCUAGCUCCCCAAACUUGAAUUCUCAGAGUCACCUCUGCCUUCUCCUCUCUCGCCUCUACUUCUAACAGCACUAUGGGCCUUUCUGUUUCUCUCUCCUUGGGGUCUCUCGUGUACACCUUCCCUUGUAUCAUCACAAGUGUGUCACACCCAAAGCCUCCUUCUCUCCCCUCUUCCCUCCCUGAGUGCCGGACUGUCUUUGUGUCAUCUUCUGCUAGAAGUUGUCUUCUGGAGACCCUUCCUCUGCUUUCAGACUCCCGCACUCCCUUCCCCAUGGCGUUUCCCAAAUUGGUGUCCUGUGGAACAUUGUCCCAUGGGGCAGUCAGAGGAUUUCAGGAUCCACCAGGUUUGGAAAUAAAGUUAGAUAGGGUUGGGGGUUUUGUUGUUGUUUGUUUGUUUGUUUAUUAUUUUUUAUUUUUUUUUACUGUGGACUUGUCCACAAUUCAUAGGGAUAUUAUAUGUUUUCCAAAUUUAUUUUAUCAUAAGAAU